GGCUACCUGAGAGCACUGCAGCCGUUGUAGUCUGUCAGUCGCGCUAACAUGAACCGGACCUGGGAGGAGAUAAUGCAGUGGAUUAACGGCAACAGGACAAUCGGACUUUAUGAGAAUAAUCACAUUAUUUCAUGAAGGAGACGGGUACUGGCCUCCUGCGAGUCUUGGUCAGCCCCUCAGGGUGAGCAUUACGGCUUCAUUUCAUCAUCACAGCGUCGCUGAAGCAAGGUGGUGUCACUGUGAAGGACCUUAGUGUGGUGGUGGGGCAGGAGCACGCAGCUCAGGAAGAUGGCAUCACCAUUUGUGCCUGUUCCCGUGCCCUUGGACAGAGCAGGGGGUAGCAGCAAGCUGAGACGGCCACAGCGAGCUUCAUCACUAGGAAGCGUCUCCACCUCCUCAGCUGGGGAGGACCAUGGAAGAGGAUGUGGAGGAUUAGGCUCCCAGCGCCAAUCUCGCUGCGUGGACAGAGGCAGCCGGAGCAGGACACCACCACCCCUCCAGAGCCCUGUGGUACGGGCCAGGGUGAACGGGACUCUGGACACCUCUGUGGAGUACUCCAGCUGUCCCCGCUCCAUAUCGGAUCCUGCUGGGAGCCAGCAAGGAGAGGAGAGGCCUAUUACCCCGACUGUGCUCGGGUAUGAGGUCAUGGAGGAGAGGGCUAAGUUCACGGUAUUUAAAGUCCUGGUCAAGAAGACUCCAGAUGAGAGCUGGGUUGUUUUUAGAAGGUACACAGACUUCUCCAGACUCAAUGACAAGCUGAAGGAGAUGUUCCCAGGCUUCCGGCUCUCGCUGCCUCCCAAGCGGUGGUUCAAAGACAACUAUGACAGUGACUUCCUGGAAGACAGACAGUUGGGACUGCAGGCCUUUAUGCAAAACUUGGUUGCACACAAGGACAUUGCCAACUGCCUGGCAGUGAGAGAGUUUCUGUGUCUGGAUGACCCACCUGGGCCUUUUGAUAGUCUGGAGGAGAGCAGAGCAUUCUGUGAGACUCUGGAGGAGAGCAACUAUCGUCUCCAGAAGGAGCUGCUAGAGAAGCAGAAGGAGAUUGCCUCUCUGAAGAGGAGACUGGAGGAGAGGGAGCAAGCCAUCCUGCUACUGGAGAAACAUAUCAAUGGCGAGUGUCUGAGCCCAGAGUCUCUGUGCGGUCUGUCAGCUCAGGGCAGUGAGAGCAGUGCAGAUGCAGAUGUGGAGUCGUCUGCUGCAGAGGCUGAUCAAGAUGUGCCUGACGACACUGGCAGUGCUGCUCCAAUCUGAAAAGAGCCCCAUAACAUGUGAGUGGCAGGUGUGAAGUCCAACCGGUGCGAUCCUCCGCCUGUUGGUGUGGGCCCUCACUCAGCACCUCGCCUCCGGUCAUCCAGGUCACUCAGCUUUACCACCAGAAGCUGGAACAAUAACAAUGAGCACUGGACCUCCUCUUCUCCAUUUUCCCUUUGUCCUUCAUCUCCUCCUCCCCUACCAGACCACUUCACCCUCCCGUUGUGUUUGAGUGCUAUUCCAUACCCUGUGUUUGCUUUUUCUGCCUUGUUCCUAAUCAUUCCCUGCUCCCACCACAACUCCCAUUUCACCUUUCCACCUUCCAUAUUGUAGCCGCUGUUUCACCUUCCAGUCUUGGAGUUGGAUUGGAAGCAGCCUUUAUCUCAAGAUCUGUAUAUAAGUUAAAAGGGAACAGUUUUUCCUGCAGCAGCCUGUUUCACUUAUAUUCCCCCUUUACAAUGGCUCAUGGGAUAUUUUAUCCAGCCCGUACAAAAGACUUCAUUCUGAAGACCUUGUGCAACUAAGGAUUAUUUCUGGCAUUAUGUGGCUCCACUCCUUUAAACCUCAGAGUUUAAGUUGUCUUAAACUGUGUGGGGAUUUCUCAGCUCUGCUCGUUCACUUUUGACCCUCGCACCGCGGCCGCCAGAUUGAUCCUUUGGACACAAAGCCAAAGUUUGGCAACUUGACCAAAAAAAAAAAAAAAGAUAA